CUCGUGCAAGAAGAAUUUACACUGGGACGUCUCUAAUCGCGAAACGCGAUUCUUCUAUUUUUUUUUUACUAACUAUCUUUGUGAGGGUGAAAAAGAUAAUUCGUUCGUGAGUGCGAAAAAUUUAUUCAAGCAAAAGACUCCCUUCUAUGAACUGCCAAGAAGCGAAUUGAGCGAUUGAGGAUUUUGGUGUUUUUAGUUCCAGAUAGUUUGAUUAGAGGGCGCGCCAUGAAGGCGUGGACUCAACUACUCAAGCCGGGUUCGGCAUUAGUAACCCUCCUUUUAACCCUAAUUUUUGCAACACAAACUCAAGCUGCGCCUGCGCUAGGAGAUCAAAUUGCCGAACAAAGCACAGAAAUUGAAUACUAUCCAGUUGCCGAUGCAACUGGUUGCUACUACAAUUUUCAACACUACGAUGAAGGCGACCGAAUAAUCACAAAUGAACCAUGUCUAAAUUGCACGUGCCACAACCGGAUGCUCAUGUGCUAUCUAAGGGUGUGCCCGUUUACCAAAGCCAUUGGAGCAAAUUGCAAAGUGGAGAAACGACCUGACCAGUGUUGUCCUGUGAUAACUUGCCCUGAAGUUCCCGUUGAACUAGUCACCUCAACAGCUCCAUCAACUGCCUUGGGCCACAUAAACGAAUACGGAUGUUCCAUCGAUAAAUUGUUUUAUGCUGAUGGAGCCCGAGUACCAUCAAAUCCAGAAAACCCAUGUGAAUUGUGCUACUGUAUCAGAAAUAAAACUGCGUGUGUCAUGCAAGAAUGUACCUUGAAUGUUGAAGGCUGUAGACCUGUUUUUCAGGAAGGCGUAUGUUGUCCUGUUCGAUACAAUUGCGAACACCCAGACUAUCUUGAAGGUCCUACAACUCCACAAAUUACAACGACCACUACAACAACAACAACAACCACAGAAGCACCAACUACAACGAUACAACCCACCUUCGAAUGUGAUUUCCAUGGAGUCAGAUACAACGAUGGUGAAAUGGUCAAAAAAGAUAUACCUUGCGAGAAAUGCUAUUGUAUGCGUGGCGAUAUUGUCUGCGCUGUUCAAGAAUGUGGUCCCACUCCUCUGGAUAAAGUCAAUUGUACCGCUUUGCCAGUACGCGAAGGCCAAUGUUGUCCUGAAACUUAUGAUUGCGCUGGUGUUAUUGAAGAAGAAUUAACAACUUUGGCUUCGGUCUCUUACGAAAUUGAACCGACAACACAACCAAAUGUGUUUGAGGGUAAGGUUACUCAACAAUCAUUGACAACUGUGCAAAUUGAAGAAGAACAAAAAGAAGAAGCCAGCACUGAAACACCUGAACUUGGUACCAAAGCAGCUCUCCCAGAGGAAACUUUGAGUGAGGGUGACAAAGGUCAAACAAAAAUUGAAGAAGAGGGUCCAAGCACCCCUGAAAUAAUUGAAGAAAUUAUUAAAGAACCUGCCGAAGUUCCUGAGACAGCUGAACAGGCCACUGAAAAAGCCACUGAAGAAGUUACCACCGCUCUAAUUCAAGAGUCAGAAGAAACUGAAAAACCAGAAUCAGUAACCAAAGUCGGUGUUGAAACAACUGAAAAAGAAUCAGUUACAAUUAUCACUGCUAUCACUCCUGAAGGUCCUGGUCCCGAACUUCCUACUACGAUAUCAUCAGAAGUUUCUUCUAAAAAAACUUUAGCAGAAGAAGAAUCUAAAACAACCGAAAGUCCAGUUGAAUCAUUCACUAGUAGAGUAACUGAAGCUAUCGAAUCAAUUACAUCAAGAGUAACGGAAGCCGUUGAAGCUAUUACUACGGCUAUUAGUGGCAGUACUGAACAACCAAUUACAGUUCCAAUCAAAGAAGCAUCUGAAAUAUCGACAGAAAGUGGAUUAGAACAACAAACAGAAGAAUUUAUCACAAAGGCAUCUAUCCCAGAAGAAGAACCAGCUUUCCCAACACACCCAGCUGAGUCCGAACAACCUAGUGUUACAGAAAAGGAACAACCGGAAACAUCUCCCGAAGAUUAUGAAUCCGACAAAGCUGGUGUUACUCCUGCUGAUUCUGAAAAAGAGAAGCCAGAAUCAUCGGUUACUGAAGUAUCGAAAAAAGAAACGGAACUUGAAGCUGCAACAGAAAGUUCAGGUGGGGAAGAACAACCAACCACAAUAGAGGCUAUUGCAUUACCUGAAGAACAACCAACCACCAAAAAAGCUGAGGAACAAACAACAAUCGCUAAACAAGAAGAAAAGCCCGAAGGACCAAUCGUUCUUGACAAGGAACAGGGACAAGAAACCGAAUUACCAACUGACAAACCCAAACUGCCACAAGAAACAGUAACUGGAACUGAAAUAGAAUCACUUGUUACUGAAGAAGCUACUACAGCAGCCGUUGAAACUGAGAAACCAUCAGAAGAACAAUCUACUGAAACGUUCAAAGAAACAUUUACUGAAUUACCUGCCAUUACCGAUGAACAAGAACCAACAAAGGAAGUACAAAAAGUUGUUACCGAAGAAUCAAUUGUACCUGAAAAAUGCGAGGGAGAAAAAUGUGCUAGAAAGCCAACUGAAGAAGGAACAACAAAGUUGCCAGCUGCUAUUGAUCAUCCAACCGCUGGUGUUUCAGAGCAACCAACUGAAGAAAGCCAACCAACACUUGCAGAACAGCCGACCACCGAAGCUAAAUCAGAGCAACCAACUGCAACAGAACAACCAGAAAGGAUUUCAGAACAAACCGAAAAAGCACCGCAGCAACCAGUUACAGAACAAAGCAAACCUGAAAUUGAAGCAUCUGAACAGGAGAUUGAAACAGAAAUUCCGGCAACGACAGAAGAAGAAGUUGUUAUUGUUACUGAAAUUUCUGCCAAGAAAACUGAAAUUCCAGAAUCAAUGGAUCAUGUAUCUGAACUUAUUAGUUCUACUGGAGCUCCAAAAGAAUUUGCACCAACAACUGUCGCUCCCGUAGAAGUUGAAACUGAACAAGAAACUAGUACUGGAAGCCAAAAACAACCAGAAGCUGAAACUGAAAAAGCUCAACCAGAAGCUGAAACGGAGAAAACUCUACCAGAAGUAUCAAGCGAAGCUCCGGAAGCGCCUGGUGAAACUCCUGCUAUUGGAGAGAAACCGGAGGCAGAAACUACCGGUGUACCUGUACAAACGCCUACAGAACAACCCAAAGUACCAGAAGAACAUACUGAAUCAGCAAUAACAGAUGAAAAAUCGACAGAGAAAGUUUCAGAAAUCACAACUGAAACACCCAAAGAAGAAGAAAAUGAAAUUGAACAUGUUGACAGUCCAAAAACUCCUGAACAACAACCAGCUACUGUCUCUUCUGUCGCAGAAGAAGAACCAACUGAAGAAAUCGAAACAACUGAACCCGAAAUCAAAAAAGAUGUCUCAACUCCUCCCGACUCAUCUGUCACUGAAGAACAAAUUACCGAAAAAGCUAUUGUUCCUGAAGUUUGUACUUCUGAAACAGAAUGCGCGCCUGCUCCUUCUGUGCCAAAAGCCGAAGAGCCCGCUUCUUCUAUCAAACCCGAAGAAGUUGAGGACGUUAAAAUUCCUGCAGAGACUACUGAGACAAAUAGGAUCCCUGAGGAGCCUACUGAUGAGACUAAUGAAAUUCCUGAAACUGGUACCGAAAUGGUUAAGUCCACUGAAAGUGUUCAUACUGAGAGCUCAGGAGAUAUGUCCUCGGACAUAUCUACAGAACCACCAACUAAAGAAGAAGAAGGUUCCGGGGAAGCUCCACAGGAAGGUAGUGGAGCCUCUGAGGAAAUUCUCCCUGAAGUUACCGAACCAACCUCUGUUACGAAAUUACUUUCUUCAACUGAACAAUCAGAAUCUGAAUCCAUCACAACAAAACUUUCUGAAAAAGUUCCUAGUAGUACAACAGUUCCCACAGAAUCUACCUUUGAAUUUGCAACAACUGAAACAGGAAGCAAUAUUCCAGAGACAACCGAAGAAGUUUUACCAGAAAGAGAAAUUCCUGGAGAAGGAAGCUGCUUGGUCGAUGGACAAACUUACAAAAACAACAGCAGUGUGCCUCCUAUUAAUCACUGCCAGAUUUCAUGUAGGUGCGCCAGCAGCAUCCUGAGAUGCGACUCGAUUGAAUGUACUCCACCUCCUCCUGGACUUCAGAAUUGUUUGCCGAUAUUCAAUAGCCCCGAUAGUUGCUGCCCAACAUACAGCUGCACUGGACCUGAAGCAACUAGUCCAAUGGAAUCUGACAGCAAUGUAGUUCAAACAACUACAAUAGCAAGCGAAGAAAUCCAGACUCUUAAGUCUAGACUACCAGAAAACACUGAAAUGCCUGACGAAGCUACCAGUUUCCCUACUCAACCGGCUAAAGAAAUUUCUGAAACUUCAGCUGAAAUUACAACUGCGAAAGUUGAAACUGAAGCUCAUGCAACAGAAACAUCCCUUGAAGAAGCUGAAGAACCUAAAAACGAAAUAGUUACAGAAAUUGGAGAAGCCACUACACAAUCCAUACCUGAAGAAGCCACAGAACAAGUAACAAACGCUAAAUUACCUCAACUUGAGAUUUCUUCAACUGAAACUGCUGAGCCGGAAGCUACUAAAAAACCAACACAAGAACUCGCCACAAGUGAAAAAACGACUCAACAAGCUGAUGAUGAAACCAGUGCCAUGCCAGAAUUUGAACCGACAGAGAAACCUUUACAAGGUGAGAAACCAGAAAAUGUCAGCAAAGUUGUUGAAGAAGGACAAGCUACUGAGCAACCUAUUAUUGGAGUAGAAGAACAAACCGAAACUGCAACUGAAUUACCUGUUGAACAUGAAACUAAUAUUCCUGAAAUAGUGUUGCCUGAAGAAGUUACUAAAGCUCCCGAAGUAAUACCAGAAACUACUGAAAAAGGAAUUGAACAGGAAGCUGCAACUGUAGAUGGCCAACCCAAGCCUGAAACUGAACAAUCAGAAGAACCAAAAUUAACAACGGAAAUUUCAGAAGUUGUUGAAAAGGCCACUACCUCAUCACCUCAUCAUGAAGAACCAUUUGGAACAAGUGAGCCUCAUGGACCAGUUACUGAACUUCCAGUUAUAACUAAAGAGGGCACGGAAGCGCCUGUAGUUCCAGAAACUAAGCCAAGUGAAGCAGGAACUGAGGAACAUAUAAGUGAAGUACCUGAAAGCCGCCCGUUGACAGAAAUAUAUAGUGCAUCAACGCCUGGAGAAGAACUUGUUGAACACGUUACUAUGCCUGCAGAAGAAAUGGGAACACCAAAACCGAUUGAAUCGGAUUCGCAUGUAACAAUUCAACAGCCAACUAAAGAAGGAGAACAAACAACGGAUGAAGUCAUAGUUACAGACACACCUCAACUGUCUGUUGAACAAGAAAAGAAAAUUACUAAACCGCAAGAAGGAAUUACUGAAACACCUGAAGAACAUGGAGUGAAAGGAUCUACACCAGCUGAAACUGAACUUGGAAAGGAACCUACAGAAAAAGGUCCAGCGGAAUCUGUCGUGACAGAAACUCAAACAAAUGAAAUUUCGACAUCUGAAGAGGUUACCGAAGAAGAUAGACAUCCAUCUGCUACUGAAGAACUCCCACCGUCUGUUACUGAAAGAGUAGAAAAACUUCCAUCAGAGGAUGCAACAAUUCCCGAACAGGAAACGGAAAGUCCUUCGCCAGUAGCUGAAGAAGCCUCAGAAAAGUCUACACAACAACAUGUAACAGCUGUGGCGACCGAAGAACCAAGUACAGAGGAAAAUGAAAUUCCUGGUGCUGAACAAGAUAAGGAAGGCUAUUCUCCUGCUCCACAUAUACCUUCAGAAGGACAAAAAGCUGGUGAAGCUACAGAAGUACCAGAAAAACCAAGUAAGGAAGAAGGUGAAAUGGAAACUGAAAGGCCAAGUUCACAAGAAAAAAGUCAAACUACAUUGCCUACUGUUGAAGUCAUGUCACAAACCUCUGAACCAGAAGAUCAAACAGCCAAAUUACCAGAAGCUGUUACUUCACCAACAUCAAGCAGUGAGCCACCUGCAAGGGAACCAGUUACCGAACAGUUGCCCGCAGAAGGUACCUCCAAAUCAGCCCUCUCAGAAGAAACUACACAAACGCAAAGGCCACAACCUGAAAAAGAGGGAGUUACCGGUGAAACGGUAAUUUCCACUGGCGAUGAGGAAAAACUGACCACCACUGAAAAUCCGAUUAUCAGUUCUGAGGAGACUGAAAAACCUAGUGAAUUUGAAGAAGAAAGUAAACCAGCAAUUCCUAGUGAAACAGAAAGACCUGUUUUAUCUGAAGAAGAAACCAAAACAGGAACUCCAAGUGGAACGGAAAAAACUGUUAUAUCUGAAGAAGAAUCUAAGACGGCAGUUCCAAGUGAAGCCGAAAAACCUGUUGUACCUGAAGAAGAGACGAAGACGGCUAUCCCAAGUGAAACGGAAAGACCUGCUGAAUCUGAAGAAAAAACUGAGACAGCAUUUUCAACUGAAACGGAAAGACCUAUUGUAUCUGAGGAAGAAAUUAAGAAGGCAACUCCAAGUGAAGUUGGAAAACCAGCUUUAUCUGAGGAAGAAAUUAAAACAGUUACUGGAAAACCAUUCGCAGAAGAAGCUAAACCAAGCGGAACGGAAAAACCACUUGAAGGGGGAGAAACUACACCAAGUGAAACUGAAAAGAUAGCUACUACUGAGAAGGAAAUUGUUCCCAGUGAAACCGAAAAAUCAAUCGAAUCCCAGACGACUAGACCUGGUUUAUCAGAAGAAGAAACUAAAGCAACUAUUCCAAGUGAAGCAGAACGCCCUGCUGGAACUGACGAGGAAAUGAAAACAGCUACACCCGGGGAAGAAACAAGAACAACCACUUCAAGAGGAACUGAAGCUUCAGUUUCUUUAGAAGAAGAGACAGAAGCUACCAAAGUAGCAGUUGAAGGAGAACCAACAGAAAAAUCAACAUCUACACCUGAAGAAGCAAUUGGCGCUGAAACUGAACAACCCAUCGUACCAGAAAAACCGGCUAAAACAGAAGCUAUAGCAACUAAAGCCCCAGAAUCUGUUACGAUAUCUUAUCCACAAGCUACUGAACAACCUAUUUCAUUCCCUGGCGAAACUAUUAUUACUCAAAAACCUGUUGAAGUAUAUACAUCAUCACCUGAAGCUACUACAGAAUUGGAAGAAAAACUCAACAUUUCUCUACCUAGUAGAGGAGGAGAAUUGUUCACUUCAGGAUCAGAAGCAGAAGCCACAACAAAACCUCAUGUCCCUGGGGAAUUGUCCACGUCCGCUCCAGUUUCUGAGCCAACCACUAUCUUGCCAGCUACCACGAGUACAGAGCUGCCAUUCAAUGGAGAACAAGUACCUGAACCUGGCGAUUACGAACAACCUGGAGAGGAAUAUGAAGAUGAGGACCAAAAUGCUUUCGGACCUGGUACUUGCAGAUACGGAGGAAAAAUUUAUGUUUCCGCCCAACAAAUCCCCAGAGAAGAUCCUUGCGAUUUCUGCUUCUGCUUCAGAAGCGACAUUAUCUGUCUACAACAAAGCUGCCCGCCACCUAUACCCAGGUGCCAUGAGGAACCUAUCAGAGGUUUCUGUUGUCCGAGGUACGAGUGCCCUGUUUCUAUGGCCACGGCUGUUAAUGUUACCACUAGUACAACGACAACGACGACAACGUUGCCUCCUCACUUUUUGUCACACGCUUUUAAGGGUAGAGCAGCGAAGACUGGCUGCCAGAUAUCUGGCAGGGCCUAUAAAGUGGGUGAUGUGAUUCGAUCGACUAGUGGACCUUGCCUACACUGCACAUGUGGAGGUGAUGGUCAAAUGAAAUGUGAUCCUAAACCUUGUAGUCCUGAACCCAUGUUACGACAAAUGAUAGCAGCAGCAGCGUUGAGAAGAAGAAGAUGAGAGAGUGAAACUGAAACCGUGUAAAAUAUAGUGACAUAAACUGCACAAAAGUGCAAAAGUGAUAAAGACGUUUUUUAAAUUGAUCAAUAUAGUUUCAGUACUAUAAUGAAGCAUUCUGGGGUGCCAAAAAAUACAUACGGACAAUUAGGUAGUGUGCCUUUUUUAAUUAUUAUAAUGUGUUUAAAAAGCCUGCGCAAGAGAUGAAUUUCUAGUCAAACAUAGUUAGUUCUAUCUGAAGGCUAAAGGCUAGGUUGACAUCUUUUGUGGAAGGUACAACCCAAAAUAAGGAAAUAAUGGGGAAUUUAAUGAUUAAUUUUGUUUGUUGGUCAGUCAGUUGUACUUAGUACAAGAUAGUUCACUUAAAAUUCUAGUAUUAAUAUUUAUUAUACCUAAUUUAUUUAAGAAUGCAUUUUAGGUGGGAAAUCUUGUAUAAAAUUGUACAGUUUAAAUAGAUUUUAGUUUUAAGAUGUAAAACUUCUGAUUUAUUUUAAAGUUCAUUAUAAAAUGGGUACAUUUCUUCCCCAUGCAUGAAUAAUAAAACGAGACAAUUUAACAAUAACCACCGAAUUUUCUAGAUCUUUAGAGACGUGAUCAAUGUAAUUUGUAUACUCGACAUUAUACAUAUACGACUCGACUGAAAACAAAAAUUUUACACUUUUGUAAAUGUAUAUUAGGAGUUUUUUGGAGUGUCGUUUUUUUUUCUAAGCCAAUCAAUUAAUGUAUUUCUCGGGCUAGUAGUAUUUUUUAUUGUUUGAAAGGAGGCGUUUUAGCGAUUUCUAAUAGGGUUCGUUGAAAUGACCAUCAUCGGUGUUGUGUAUCCCGACACACGUCUGAGUUGUUUGACUGGUAGAAACUACCUGAUGACGGAUGAUCAGGCAACUUGAAAAAGUAAUUUUUCUGCUACUUGAACGCUCAGACUGUUUAUUUGUAUAUUAUCGGAUGCUCAAUAUUUAGAAUUUAAGUAGAAUAUGUAAUAUUUAUCAAUAAUAAAUUAUAUAAAUC